AAAAGGCACCAAAUUGUAGGAAUACCCUAUGUGUGUUUGUCUAUGGUAAAGGGAGAGGAUAUGAAAUGUACCAUGGUUCUCAUGAUUUCCAAUAAAAUAGUUAAUGCAGUUAUAAUUAACUACUGUAAACUCAUAAUUAUUGAAUUGAUUUGUAUUUGCACCUUUCAGAUUGUUCAGAUUUCUGAUUGUUCCAAAUCAGUUCUAAAAAGAUCAGUGCCUUAGCCAGACCUAACAAACUCCUCACUGAGCAUGCCAAAGACAACAAUGGCAAAGUUGUUUUAGUUGAUAAAUGUAUAAAGAUCAAAUUAUAAUGAAUUAAUAUGACAUCUUCCAGAGUGUAAGAAGGUUUUAAAAUAUUUCUGUCAUUUUUUUAUUUUUCAUUCAUUCAUUUAUUUAUUUUGAUGUCACUGUUGCUUAAACCACGAUAUUAUAGUUGUAACAAUGACUAGGAAUGAACUAUGGUAUUUUGGGACCAUACUAUGGUGACCAUGGGCCUUUUAUUUUUAUUUUUUUUAUUUUUUUUGCAAGAAGGCGAUAGAAAACGACACUAAACCACACUUUAAUCCCAAUGUUUUCAAACCAGUAUUUUAAAAGGAGGUCUGAGGGCUAAACUCGACUUCCCAGAUACGGACUUCCGAGGAACGUAUAUAUAUAACCGCAGAAACAGCAGCCUACACUGUUAAUGUGUUCUUGCAGAAGCAUGCACGAGUGAGGUAGUAUAUUUCAUCUCGCGAUGAGUGAGCGCAAUCUGACCGUUGUGUGACACAGUCAUGAUGGCCGCCGUGCGUCGGUUUCUGGCUCUUCGAAACAAGUUCACCAGCUUCACAAAUAGUCCAAACAUUUACUUUAACAGCAGACAAUCAUUCAAGGGAAGAGCUGUUCUGAAAUGUGUAGGGACAGGUCUGUGUAUCACUCUCGGUGGAUUCGCUGUUUACUGCCAUCACAAUGCGACAUCGGAUCGGGGAUCCAAAGCGAGACGGCUGCAAGCAUUGAUUUCUCCGCUCCCAGCAGUAGCUGCAAAAGAGAAGACCAAUGCAUUGGCUGAAGAUGAGGUUUCGAUGUCAGCUCACGAGCGCAGGUUCAGACUCUUCAGCUCAUUGGAGUAUGACAGACAGCUUUACAUGACCCCCCUUGACUUUAUUGAGUCUGUCACUAUGAGUGAACCAAAGAAAAAAAGUUUUUGGAGAUCCCUCACAAAACAGGAUCUAGACAAGAUUAUAUCGGAUACACCACCAGUUUGGAAAGGAUCUUCCCGUCUUUUCAGAGACCUGCGGGAAAAAGGCAUCAUCGCUUACACAGAGUAUCUGUUUCUGCUUUGUAUUUUGACAAAGCCGCAUGCAGGUUUUAAAAUAGCUUUCAACAUGUUUGAUGCAGAUGGCAAUGAAAUGGUGGAUAAGAGGGAAUUUAUGGUGCUUGAGGAGAUAUUCCGAAAGAAAAAUGAAAAGAGAAAAGAGGGGGAAGAAGAUACUGACACUUCAUCUACACUGAGUGUGGAACUGUACGGAUAUCAAGGCUCUGUCAACAAAAAUGUACUUAAAAAAGAACAGCCUCAGUUUGAACCCAGAAGUUUCUGGGAUGUUCUAAGGCAUGGUGCAAGAAUAAUUGUCUUUUCAGAUCUGAUGGAGCACAAACCAGAAAAUGCCACCGACACAACCCUGCUGGUGCAUUUUUUUGGAAGAAAGGGCAAAAGUGAACUCAACUUUGAUGACUUCUACAGAUUCAUGGACAACCUGCAGACAGAAGUCCUUGAGAUUGAGUUCCUCAGCUAUUCUAAAGGAAUGACCACCAUCAGUGAGGAGGAUUUUGCUCGGAUCCUGCUGCACUACACCACAGUGGAGAACAUUGCUGGCUACCUUGAGAAUGUGCAUCAAAGCAUACCAGAUGAGAAGGGAGUCACCUUUGAAGAGUUUAGGUCCUUCUUUCAGUUCCUCAAUAACUUGGAGGAUUUUGCCAUUGCCAUGCAGUUGUACAACUAUGCAAAUCGCCCAAUUGGACAAGAUGAGUUUGCUCGUGCGGUCUAUGUCGCCACUGGUCUAAAGCUCUCAGGACACCUUGUGAACACCAUUUUCAAGAUCUUUGAUGUGGACCAUGAUGACCAGUUAAGCUACAAAGAGUUCAUUGGGAUUAUGAAGGAUCGGCUGCACCGUGGUUCUUGGGGAUACAAAGGUGAAGAGAGAUUCACAUCCUUUAAAGCCUGUAUGAAGAAGGAACUCACUAGCAAAUAGGUACACUUCCUGCUCAACUUCACAUCCUUAAUCAUCGCGGUGAAGGAAUCUCAAGUUGGUUUAAAGUUCUCAAUGAAUCAAUGCAAUUAUACCUGACCCGUUUCAAACUCUUAAGAAACAAACACUGCCAUAACUAGAUUAACAUGCUACCUCUUUGGUCUACUUUUAGAGCUUUGUCAGACCUUUUCUAAUCUCUUUAAAAGCCAUUAACUAAAAGAUAUAAUAGCCAUGACUUUUAUUUAUUAAGCAGGGUUAUUAAUUAAUGGUCUUACAAAUUUAAAUCCAGUGCCCACAUUUUGGGAUAGAUGAUGCUGCUUUAAUGGUUUGUAAAGACUCUCUAUUUUCAAAUGUUACUAACUAAAAUGUUUAAUUUUUUUCAGGAACUGUUGUUUUUCAGGAAUAUUGUGAAUAUGCCAUACUUGUAUUGUAAUGCUUUGUGCGGGGUUCCCACAGUCACUGAAAACUUGGAAGUGUCAGGGAAUUUUAAAAUCGUGUUUUCUAGGCCUGGAAAAAUCAUGGAAAUCAUUAAAGUCAUAUAAAUAUCUUUGAAUAAAUACACACACACACACACACACACACACACACACACACACACAGUAUGUCAUAUAAAUGUAAAAAAAUAUAAAUAAUAUGCAUUUUUUUAUAGUUAUUCUCUAAAAUAUUUUAUCGAGAGUAAAACUUGCUUGUAAGUCAUACUGAUAUCUGAAUUUUUAUUUUUAUUUUGUUAUUUUCAAUGAAUCGGUCAAACAUGUUCACAAAUUAAUUAAUCAUUCACAAACAAUUAUAGGGUCCUGGAAAAUUCUUAGAAAUGAUUUGAUCAAAAAGUGUGGGAACCCUGAUUGUGGCAUCCCACAAAACAUCCUCUUUAUUAUGUUGAACUGAAAAUGUCAAUGAUAAAAGUGCUGAAUUCUAAUGGAAUAUAGAGUUAUUGAAUAUCUAUUUAUUUAUAUCUAUUUUAUGUAAAGAAAAUGUUCUCCUGGGUUUUAAUGCUGAGAGACUGAAAAGUUUGUAUCUUUCCCUACUUUGGUGCUGCAUCAGUAACGCAUUGUUGAGUUUGAUUCUGUAUGAGAUAUAAGCCAGCUAAUCUUUCCUUACAAUGAGCACAUUGCUAACAGUUUCUCUGAGCUUGUCCACUACUCACCACCCAGAUCAGCUUACACAGGGUCUGACAGUACAGAGCCCACUGAGCAAUAAUUAUUCCUCAGUAAUCUUACAAUGUGCUGCACAUACAGAUCUCUCCUCUCCUCUUAUGAGUUGCUUUCUUUGUUGCUCCUUCACCUUGCAAAAAAUCAGAUGCAACAGAACUCUAAUAAUAUUAGAGGAGACACCUAAAUUAAAAUGUUUUAGGGAUAUGCCAUCAAUCUCUGUUAAUGUCAUUAUAACAGUUGGCCUGUCUCACUGAAUAUAACUGAAUGAUGCAUCAGGCUUUAGAAUAUUGACCAUGUUUUAUUAUUCACCUUUUUCAUUAGCUAUUUCAUAUCUUUCUUCUAGGCAAUUAAGGUAAAUUAUGUUUUCUUUUUGCAUAUGACAGUGUGCAUCUUCCAAUACUGCUGUCAAAAAUGAAGUAUGCUUUUUAUGCAUUAGUAUUCAGAUUGACUAGACAGUUUUAAUGACUUAUUUAA